AUGAUGAAUACAAAGAAAGUGCUGCUUGCCGGCACUUUCCUCUCUGCAUCUGCAUUUGAGUUCUGGCCCGCGAGUUCUGUAGCCAGACUUGCCAAUCAACUACCUCUUGGUUUUGGUGACCGCAGUGCUGCUACCUUUCCCAAGGCUGAGCAAGCUCGGUUUAAAUGUAACUUGGCUGAUCCUCUUGAUCCUUCGGAUGACGGGCUCUAUAGUUCUCAUGAUUUGUUUUCAAGCCAAGAAGCGCUUGAAACACUGGUUGAGCGUCAUCAGCCCCUUGUCCAAGUUGAUUCGAUUUGUUAUGACGAUCUCGGAGACUUCGACACGGACGAUCGAUGGAAGCCAUUUGAUGAGAUCCCAAAAGUGCUAGAGAAGCAUUACCCAUUGAUCAAUGAUAGAGCAUGGGUAGAAACCAUUAACAGAUUCGGUCUCGUGUAUACAAUCGAGGGCACGGAUACCUCAUUAGCACCUAUUCUCCUAACAGCCCAUCAGGAUGUCGUGCCGGUAGAGAACGCAACGUUAGCAGAUUGGGAUCAUCCGCCGUUUGAUGCUUUUUACGACAAGAAGAGUGGAUAUCUCUAUGGCCGCGGGGCUUCAGAUGAUAAAUCAGCCAUUACAGCCCUCAUGUCAGCAAUGGAAUCGCUUCUCUCACAAGAAAACUACGAGCCCCGUCGCACAGUCAUUUUUGCAUUCGGCUUCGAUGAAGAAUGCUCGGGCUUUCGCGGUGCAGCAUCGAUAGCUAAGCAUCUUGAAGAGCGUUAUGGUAAAGAUGGAAUCGCCGUCAUUCUUGAUGAAGGUGGUGCAGGGCUUCAGAAAGUUGGCGAUGUGCUCUACGCUUUGCCUGCCGUCUACGAGAAAGGGUACCUCGACGUGUGGUUCGAUCUCGAAGUCAUUGGAGGCCACAGUUCGACACCAACUCCGCACACCUCUAUUGGUAUGAUGUCAGAAAUUGUCACAUCAUUGGAAUCAAGCCCUUUUAUACCAAAGAUUAUUCCAGAUGGGCCGAUCCACCAGGGCCUUAUUUGCUUCACGCGAUACUCACCGUACGCUCUACCUGCACUAACCGGGUAUAUCAAUUGGGGCCUGCUUGACAAUGCUGCCAAGCUGUUGGCGCAAACACAGCGAGAGACGCAAUACUUUAUCCAAACAUCACAAGCCGUGAAUUGGAUUGCAGGUGGCCAAAAGAUCAAUUCGUUGCCCGAGUUUACUACUCUGGGCGUGAAUCAUCGGUAUGCUCCCCAGGAUAGUAUUGGCAGCAUUCAACACCGCAUAGUAGGUCUAGUUCAAAAAGUGGUUCACAAGUAUAAUCUCACUCUACAUGCCUUUGAAGGAGACGAGGACUACGAUGCCUAUCUUGAUUCCAUUGGACAGACACGUGCAGGUAGAGGCAACGAAGUCAACGCGACCUGGGAGCCUAUCUAUAACGGAAAAUUGGUUCUCGAAGGAAGAAAGAGAUCCUAUGUAACACCCCAGUCUCCAACGAAGGGAGCUGUGUGGGAUGUUUUUGCUGCUCCAGGGGCAAUGACUGGCAACACUGACACUCGCCACUAUCUAGAUCUAUCCAAGAACAUUUAUAGGUGGAGUCCCGGAAGCCUGAAAUCUUUCGGUAACAUCCAUGGCGUUAAUGAAAAGCUCUUAAUGAGCGAGCAUGUGAAUAUGGUAAAGUUUUACUAUGACUUUAUCCGCAACUUCGAUCAGGCAGAUAUCUAA